AGGAGGCAGAGAUGGCAAAGCGGCCGCUGCAGCCGCCUUCUCCGAAGCAGUCACAUCCACAGCGUCAGGGCUAGGCCGGCGAGAAGCAAGAUCCUGCAGGCUGGGGGAAAUGCAAGAUGCCCUGAUGUUUGCAAAUCUCUCCAGCUGACAAUGGCUCUUGACAAGCCCAGAAACUCUCCUGACUGGGGUCAUCGCCGUUCCUUAGCAGUGGUCUCUUUGGGAAUAUGAAUGAUACUUCUGGGAGGUUUCUGGUCCAGAGACAGUAAGUCCCUCUAGAAGAAGAGAUCUGAUUAUCCCAAACAGAGAAAACAAAGUUUGGGGCAGGUCUGCCAGCCAAGAUGGUGUUUUUAGAAACUACCUAGGAGGCAGAAGCUAAGUGUUGAUUUGCCCAGGCUUCUUUCUUACCUGGGAGUGGAAGGUGGGAAGAAAUGGACAGAGGCUCUGAGGAGAAGGGAAGGCUCCAUGCGUCUCAGUGAAGCCGCACGCUGACUGCAUCCCGCACCGGCUCUUCAUGCAGUGCUGUGGGUUGGUACAUCGGAGGCGAGUCCGGACGUCCUAUGGUUCGGCAGACUCCUACACCAGCCGUCCGUCGGAUUCCGAUGUUUCUUUGGAGGAGGAUCGCGAGGCAGUACGCAGAGAAGCCGAGCGCCAGGCCCAGGCCCAGUUGGAAAAGGCCAAGACAAAGCCUGUUGCCUUUGCAGUUCGGACAAAUGUCAGCUACAGUGCAGCCCAUGAAGAUGACGUUCCCGUGCCGGGCAUGGCCAUCUCAUUCGAAGCAAAAGAUUUUCUGCAUGUUAAGGAAAAAUUUAACAAUGACUGGUGGAUAGGGCGCUUGGUGAAAGAAGGCUGUGAAAUCGGAUUCAUCCCAAGCCCGGUCAAACUCGAGAACAUGAGGCUACAGCAUGAGCAGAGAGCCAAGCAAGGGAAAUUCUACUCCAGUAAAUCAGGAGGAAAUUCAUCGUCCAGUUUGGGUGACAUAGUACCUAGUUCCAGAAAAUCUACACCUCCAUCAUCUGCUAUAGACAUAGAUGCUACUGGCUUAGAUGCAGAAGACAAUGAUAUUCCAGCAAACCACCGCUCCCCUAAACCCAGUGCAAACAGUGUAACGUCACCCCACUCCAAAGAGAAAAGAAUGCCCUUCUUUAAGAAGACAGAGCACACGCCCCCCUAUGAUGUGGUCCCGUCCAUGCGUCCUGUGGUUCUGGUGGGCCCCUCACUGAAGGGGUACGAGGUCACAGAUAUGAUGCAGAAAGCAUUGUUUGACUUUUUGAAACACCGAUUUGAAGGGCGGAUCUCCAUCACCCGGGUCACUGCAGAUAUCUCACUCGCCAAACGCUCAGUGUUGAACAAUCCCAGUAAGCACGCAAUAAUAGAAAGAUCCAACACGAGGUCAAGCUUAGCGGAAGUUCAGAGUGAAAUUGAAAGGAUUUUUGAACUUGCAAGAACGCUGCAAUUGGUAGUCCUUGAUGCAGACACUAUUAAUCAUCCAGCUCAACUUAGUAAAACCUCUCUGGCCCCGAUUAUAGUGUAUGUAAAGAUCUCCUCUCCGAAGGUUUUACAACGGCUAAUAAAAUCGCGAGGGAAAUCUCAAGCUAAACACCUCAAUGUCCAGAUGGUCGCAGCUGAUAAACUGGCUCAGUGUCCUCCGGAGUUGUUUGAUGUGAUCCUGGAUGAGAACCAGCUCGAGGAUGCUUGUGAACACCUUGCCGACUAUCUGGAGGCCUACUGGAAGGCCACCCACCCACCCAGCAGCAGUCUCUCCAACCCACUUCUCAACCGGACGUUAGCCACAUCCACGCUGCCUCUUAGCCCCUCUCUAGCCUCUAAUUCACAGGGUUCUCAAGGUGAUCCGAGGACAGAUCGCUCUGCUCUGGCCCGUUCUGCCCCCCGUGCUGAAGAAGAGCCCUGCCUGGAACCAGCCAAGAAAUCCCAGCACCGGUCCUCCACACAGCAUCACAAUCACCGCAGCGCUGUGAGCCGCGGCCUCUCCAGGCAGGAGACAUUUGACUCGGAAACCCAGGAGAGUCGAGACUCUGCCUAUGUGGAGCCCAAGGAAGAUUAUCCCCACGAACACGUAGACCACUAUGCACCACACCGUGAGCACAACCACGGGAGCAGUGAGCACAGACACAGGGAGACUCGGUACCGUUCCAGGGAUCGAGAGCAGGACCACAAUGAGUGCAACAGACAACGCAGCCGUCAUAAAUCCAAGGAUCGCUAUUGUGACAAGGAUGGAGAAGGAAUAUCAAAAAAACGGAAUGAGGCUGGGGAGUGGAACAGGGAUGUUUACAUCCGCCAAUGACUUGUGCCCUUUUGUGUGUGUGUAUGGUUUUUUUUUUUAAGUCUUGUAUAACAGCACCCCCAAACUAAUUCUUUGGGGUCCACAUUGCAAUCAUAUGUGAUGUCUUGUAUAUUUUUUAUUGCUGUUGCUUGAAUAGCAAUAGCAUGAAAUAGAGUAUUAAUAUACUUUGUUUUCUUUUGUAAGUAGUAUAUGAAUUUGCCUGGUACAGCUGCAGUCCUCCGGUUAUGCUGGACUUUACAGAAACUGGUACAGCUGCCACUUGAACAAAAUCUGUUGCCAUCCAGAUGGCAUUAGUAUUUUCAGAAAUGUAGUGGAUGUGUCCAGCAAGCCAGAAUCAGCCCAGAUAAAGAGUGGUAGGUACCUGAUUUGCAUAUUCAUUCAUCCAUGGACACUGUUGCUAGUACCUCUGGCUGACUAAAUUUGGGGACAGAUUCAGUCUUGCCUUACACAAAGGGGAUCAUAAAGUUAGAAUCUAUUUUCUAUGUAUUAGUACUGUGUACUGUAUAGACAGUUUGUAAAUGUAAUUUCUGCAAACACCUUCUUAUAUAUAAUAUAAUAUAUAUAUAUAUCAGUUUGAUCACACUAUUUUAGUCUUAAUGCCAAGUCAGCAGUUUCUUUGAAUUACAGGGACUAGAAGUGCCCACAUUCAGGAAAUUUGUAAAAACAUCAUCUAGACACCUAUCCCCAUUCAAGUAGGAAGAUUGUACAUACUGUAAAUAUGUGUGAUUGCUUGACUUGAAAAGGUUUGAUUUCUUAUGUUUUCCCAUUCCUGUAAGUAUAUCAUUUUGACCAUAAAUUAUGGCAAAUAUAACCAAACUCCAAAGGCUGUUUUAAACCCGUACGAUUUCACACUGAUUGUGAUCAACACCUUCUUAGUAGCUAGUGUCUGAGGUCACUGGAGUAUACGAGCCAGAACUGUAUGCACGUGUGUGCGGCUGUGUGAAGUGUGACUGACUUGAGAGAUGAAUCUAAUGAAGAAACUAAACUGAGAACUAGAAUUCUGCCCACCCGGCUGUGCAUUUAACUGUGCUACGUGUUGUUUUCGUGAUGGAUCAAGUGGUCAGGGAUGUAAGGAAACUUGCUGCCAAAGGGGAUAAGGGAAAGCAUUCGUCUUGCUGGCUCCCGGUGUCUGCCCCUAGAGAAAAAGUACAGGCAACUUUCAACUGUGUUUCACUGGAAAUGUACAAUCUUUGUGUGUUCGAGUAUUUGUUUUGUGAGAAAUGUUUACACAGCUUGUAGAAUUAUUUUGUGGGAAAAUAAAUUUUUCUAACUUCUCCCACUUCCUUCCCUAACUGUACCCAUCACUCCUGUUGUCUCCCGCUCACCUGCCAGCUAACCCCUCACCACCAAUUCCCAACAAUUUCAUUGUCUGUUAAAACCCAGAAGUGCUUCUUAGAACCAAAGUUUCUGCUCUCCAGAAGUGAUCAGGGGGAAAUGGGGAGAGAGAUGAAGUCAAUAAAAUGUUUAAAAUAUUUUCCUACACCUGUUCUGAAGGGGAACCCAGGAGAGACUAGCUACCUGUCUCAGCUGUCCUGCUGUAAGCAGCUCACAACGUGGUUAUCGCUCAAAGACUGAAACCGCCCCUGUGUCUCUUACAUGCCCAUCUUUGUCCAAUUAUGACUGAUCAGUAUUAGAUGUACAAGUACCUAACACUUGAAGUUUGUAUAUGCAUACUAUAUAAUUAUUAUUGUUAAAAAUAGAUCAACCUAUUUUGCUGGAUUAUUCCAAGCUCUUGCCAAAUAUCCUUGAGCCUUUAUAAGUAAAAUCAUUUCAUAUCUAACUCAUUCAUUCCCCCUUCCCUCAAGAAUACUUUAAAAAAUUAGUUUACAUAUAUAAGUUUUAUCCAGUAAUAUGAAACAUUUCCCUGGUUAAUUAUACUAUGGGAAAAUUAAAUAUAAAAAAUCAUAAUAUAUAUAGCUUUGCUCUAAAAUGUUCACUUCAUUAGAAGUACAUAUUCCAAUUUAAGUACUUUCAUAAAAAAUAUUUCUGAUACAUUUCCUUCAUGGUAAGCAUCAGCUACAUUGUUCCCUACAUGAAAUUUUAUCUCAACCAGCCCCACUGUUCCCUACACACAAUUUUAUCUCAACAACUUUGGAAUAUUUAAAUUCUUAAAUUCUUUCAAGUACUACCUUGCUACUUGCUGCUACCAUAAAUCCCUUUCAAAGAGUUAUACUAACGGAUGAUCAAAAUUUUGUUUUCUUUAAGUUUUAUCUUUGGAUUCCUAAGUUUCUCACUUGACUGUGAAAAAUAUGUUAGUCUGAAUCAAAAUAUUCCUCAAAAGCUCUAUUUUGUAGUUGAGUUUGAGUUGACAUAAGCACUUCUAUGUGAAAACUCCAUAGUGGGUAUAUGUGUAAACUAUGUGUGCUAUAAAAUCUGCACAAAAUUUUAAAGAGAAGAAAUAAUCCUUAGUGGGAUACUUACAGAACAUACAAACAUAGUCUCUUCAUACAACAAAGGUUUAAUUUUAACCUACUCAGCUAUAGAAUCAUUAAUGUAGUUAGCCUAGAAAAUUCUAAAAAUGUUGACAGUUUUUUUUUUUUUGGUCAAGCCCAUUUCACUUUUUCUUAUACUCUUUCUCUACUGCUUAUUUAAAUUAAUGUUACAAAACGGUGCUGCUAAAUGUAGGACAUAUUAGUCAUACUGUACUUUGGGACAAUGCCACAUUUUUAACACUGCUAUGCAUUCCCGGUAAACAAUAACUGUCAGCUACACUGAACUGUUCAACAAAUAUGGGUUCAAGUAAUUCAUAUAAAAUAAAUAAAGAGCUGGCUUCUGUACUGUUUACUGUUAGUAGCAGCAUUGAUUACGAUCUUACAAAAGACUCUUAAAGUAGAGAAUGGUAAACAUUCCACAGGACUACAGGUAAACUUCACUUCACAGGGUUAGUGAAGACCAUUUGCCCUCCAUGUGCCCGGCCGAGUUUGAUUCCUGGCACUGCCAAAAAUAAAUUGACAUAUUCAAUUCCACUUGCCCCUGGGGAAUGUCUUAAAAGCAAUGCCAGUCACUGAUGUUCCUUUAGUGAGCUCAUUAUGUUGAUUUAAAAAAAAUAAGGAUUUCAGGUAGGUAAAGGAUCUAUUAAGAUGUAAGAACAGCUCUCCCACCUUAAUUCUAUAUUUGCAACAAUUCUUUACUCAACUUAAAAUUUCAUUACUCACUUUUACAAGAGAGAUUUACUUUAAUUCCUCAUACAUGUCCCUUUACACAAUGAUGUCCAUACUGAUAGUCUUAGAUGCUCUGAUCUUAUUAAAACUCCAAGAGUCAGUGUUAGAAAAAUAAAAAACAGGUAACUAGAUGGUUCUGGGUCAGUUGUUUCAUUAUGGCUAAGUUAUAUUUUUAUCUAUUUGUAUUUCACUUUGCUAUUUAAACUAACGUGAUAACAGGGUUUUGAAGUGUACUCACUGUUGAAUUUAAAUGCUCUUCUGUUUUGCAGAAAUAUAUGUUAAUACUUAAUGGUAAAGAUAAUAUAUUAAUUUUUUCUCCACA